UCUGGUAAAACACAGGGUCCGAAGCAGGGCUGUUCUGAUCUGCUGGAGUGUUUGGACUGGAGUUUGGUUGAGUUGACUGGGACUAGGCCGUAUCAGCUGAUGGUGUCAGUCUUGUUUGUUUAUGGGCUGUUUUUGACCUGCUGACACAAAGCUAGACCUUUUUGUUUAGUAGAACUAUAUUUAGCCAAGAGGUCUGGUGGGUAUAUUAACUGUACACAGAUAAAGUGUCUGCCAGCUGGAUAAGAACCACAGAGGAACUAAGACAAAAGACCAAUGGCGUUCCGGAAAGCAGUGAAGGGGACCCUGAUAGGGGGCGGAGCUGUAGCUGCAGCCUUCGGUUUAUCACAGUUCUUUGAGUACAGGAGAAAUCAGGCCCGCUUGGCGUAUGUGGAGGCGGAGGGUCCGCUGAAGAGGCCGUUUGAAGAUAGGCUGCCGACACGCCAGGAGCAGCUUGCUGUGCUCCAGAACACUCCGGAAUUUGACGUGUUGGUGGUGGGAGGCGGUGCCACGGGAUCAGGAUGUGCCUUAGAUGCUGUCACUCGCAAUCUGAAGACGGCGCUAGUGGAGAGGAGCGAUUUCUCAUCGGGAACCAGCAGCAGGAGCACCAAGCUCAUCCACGGAGGAGUGCGCUAUCUGCAGAAGGCCAUCAUGAACCUCGAUUACGAACAGUAUAUGAUGGUUAAAGAGGCUCUGCAUGAGCGUGCCAACCUGCUGGAAAUUGCUCCUCACCUGUCUGCUCCACUACCCAUCAUGCUCCCUGUUUACAAGUGGUGGCAGCUGCCGUACUACUGGGCUGGGAUAAAGAUGUAUGACCUGGUGGCAGGUUCUCACUGCCUGAAGAGCAGCUACAUCCUCAGCAAGAGCAAAGCCCUGGAGCUCUUCCCCAUGCUGAAGAAGGACAAGCUGGUCGGGGCUAUCGUCUACUAUGAUGGUCAGCACAAUGAUUCCCGGAUGAAUCUGGCGAUCGCUCUGGCCGCUGCCCGCCAUGGUGCUGCCAUAGCCAAUUACACUGAGGUGGUCCGGCUGCUGAAGAAGACUGACCCCGACACAGGGAAGGAGAGAGUGAGUGGUGCUCGCUGCCGAGACGUCAUUACAGGUCGGGAGUUUGACAUCCACGCCAAAUGCGUCAUCAACGCUACCGGGCCGUUCACCGACUCGCUGCGCAAAAUGGACGACCAGAAAACUGCCAAAAUAUGCCAGCCCAGCGCAGGGGUUCACAUAGUCAUCCCCGGGUACUACAGCCCAGACAACAUGGGGCUGCUAGACCCCGCCACCAGCGAUGGCCGUGUCAUCUUCUUUCUGCCCUGGGAGAAAAUGACUAUUGCUGGGACAACAGACACGCCCACUGACAUCACAGCCCACCCCAUCCCCAUGGAGGAGGACAUCAACUUCAUCCUGAGUGAAGUCCGAAACUACCUCAGCCCUGACGUAGAAGUGCGGAGGGGAGAUGUUCUGGCGGCCUGGAGCGGCAUUCGUCCACUGGUCACAGACCCAAACUCCAAAGACACGCAGUCCAUCUGCCGUAACCACGUCGUCAGCGUCAGCAGCAGUGGCCUGGUCACCAUCGCUGGUGGUAAAUGGACCACAUAUCGCUCCAUGGCAGAGGAGACCAUAGACGCUGCAAUAAAAGAGCACAAGCUUACAGCUGGACCCAGUAGAACCAUGGGCCUGUUGCUGGAAGGAGGGAAGGACUGGACUCCCACUCUCUACAUUAGACUAGUUCAGGACUACGGCCUGGAGAAUGAGGUGGCCCAACACCUGGCAGCCACCUACGGAGGCAGGGCCUUUGAAGUAGCCAAGAUGGCCCAAGUCACCGGAAAGAGAUGGCCGAUAGUGGGCAAACGCCUUGUGUCUGAAUUCCCCUAUAUAGAGAGUGAGGUGAUCUAUGCUAUUAAAGAGUAUGCCUGCACAGCUAUUGAUGUGAUUGCUCGGAGGACGAGGCUGGGUUUCCUGAACGUUCAGGCUGCAGACGAAGCUCUUCCACGUAUUGUAGAGAUCAUGGCUAAACAACUGGACUGGAGCGAGCAGAAGAAAACAGAAGAACUGGAGGCAGCCAAGCAGUUUCUUUAUCAGGAGAUGGGCUACAGAGCUCGCUCUGAACAGCUCACCAAGACCAGCGAAAUCACACUCGCUCCACAGGAAGUGGCCAGGUAUAAGAAGCGCUUCUACAAAUUUGAUAAAGAGAGUAAAGGCUUCAUCACUACACUGGAUGUGCAGCAAGUGUUAGAGAAACUCAGUAUCCAGAUUGACGAGAAUGCGCUUCACGAGAUUCUUAACGAGGUGGAUCUGAAUAAAAACGGACAAGUGGAGCUGGAUGAGUUUCUGCAGCUCAUGAGCGCGGUGCAGAGGGGCCAGAUCUCGGACAGCCGAUUGGCCAUCCUGAUGAAGACAGUGGAAGAGGGGCUGGACCUGAGGGGGCCGGUGUCUGUAGACCGCAGUGGUGGAGGGGUGUAAGAGUGUCUCCUAAAAUACGAGCCUGCAAAAAGGUGACCGCUUUACUGUCGGAAAACUCGGCAACCAAUCGCCUGCCUUCCAUUACCAUUCAAAUACAUUCCUGUUUGUAUGCUGCUUUGCAUUUAUUUUAAUACGCACAAUAACUGUUGUUAAAUAGUGGAAUCUGUGUUAUGUAAUAAUAUAAUUUAGCAGUUAUGAACGUUUUUAUUCUGUUCCUUUAGAGUUUCUCUGUUUUCUUGCACUGGGUUAUACUGCUGAUGCAUGCAGUGCCGUUUUUGUGCUUUUCACUGGGCAGUGUUGUUUUCUGGCCACUGCUGCUGCACUGUGUUCUAAAGCAGCUGUAUUGUACUUUUUUCUGCUGUGCCAUUUGUACGCAUGUGAAGAAAGCAUGGGAGGAGAAGUAUGUGCAGUAUACUGUACAUGGAGCUACAAUCUUUUGCACUUUCUGUAGAUCUUCUCAAGUUUACACACGCAGGGUUACUGUGUGGUUACUGCUGUUAAACACAAUCACCAAUAUUUUUAACACUCCUGCCAUGUCACUGUUAUCUUUAUACUUUGUCUUUUCUAAGGUGAUAUUUAUUGUCAAAGGGGAGUUUCAGAAGCUUUUACAAGAUUUCUGCAAUCAUUCACUCAGUUCAUUCAGUUAUUUGAUUAAUAAAAUGGAAAAACAAAAAACAACCCACACAGCAUUCACAAAGUUUAGGCAAAAUUUGCUCUCUGUUCAUCUUACUAGCUCCACCCACCAUUUAAUUACAGACUGUAGUCCUGCAUCUGUUUCUCUGCAUAUUUUAUUAUCUUCCUCUUGCUCUGUUCUUCACUUCAUCAGACACAGCAGUGCUGCUGGGGGUUCUAAACAAUGAUAAUUCACAAAAAAAUCAUCUGUGGUCACAGGACACUGCCCACAAGAAGCUGCCCACAGGAUUCUAUUGGUUGGUGGACUAUUCUCAGUCCAGCAGUGACAGUGAGAUGUUUAAUAACACCAGCAGCACUGCUGUGUCUGAUCCCCUUAUGCCAGCACAACACACACUAACAUCUCAUACACAAAAAAAACAGUACAGUCACUGCAGUGCUGAUAAUAAUGACCCACCACCCAAAUAAUAGCUGCGACGUGGUGGUCUCUCCUGUGGGGUCCUGACCAUUUUAAGAACAGGGUGAAAGAAGAUUAAUAAUAAAGUAUGCACAGAAACAGAUGCAGGACUACAGUUUGUCAUGAUAGAACUACAAAGUCUUCUAUAUGAUCAGUGGAGCUGACAAGAUUGACAGUGACUGGACAUUUCCAUUCCCCAACGUUUUCUGUUCUGGCUCUGUAUAUGUCUCUAAAAUAGACUAUUCUGCACCAACCUUUCACACACACUAAACAGAUUUCUUUUCCAAAAAAUGUAAUGGUUUAAUUCUGCAGACAUCUUGAAAAAUCAGUGGAAUUCCCCUUUUAAAUUUAGCCUGUCCUGUAUUAAACAUGUAAUGCUUCAGUCCUGGACAGUGAUUUUCUGCAGUGCUGAAUGAAUAGAAUGUAAUUUUGAUACUGUUUUGACAAUUCUGCCUGAAUAUGCACAGUGUUUUUAAUAAUAUCAAUUUACAAUGCUGUCUUUUACAUAACCCUAAGAGGAUAUCUUUUAUGAAAGGAAUGUGUCGCUAAUCCAUUGUCUUUUGCUGCAAGAUUACAGUAAAUCACAGUGAAUUUGUUCAUUAUUUUAAAAAGAAAAUCUUUGCAGGAUUGUUUUUAGAGUUACUAGACGUUUAAAUGUGAAAACAGCGUGAGGUAACGUACAGAGCGCGGAUUUAUAAGGGAUUAACAGUAUUUAAUGUGCCUUGUUUUCUACAGAGCCGUUGCUGUAAAUGAACUUGACAUGUUGAAUCUCACUCACACCCUUUUCAACCUAUUAUUUGGCUCUGUGUUCUCUUGAGCGAAAUUGUGUUGAGUAUGUUUUCUUUUAUGAGGAUCGCUACUUUGUGUUAAAAAUGUAUUAAGAAUGUAUUAAGAAUGGAAUGGUAAAUUCACUACGUCUGUUGGUUUUAUUACAUCACAAAUAUGAUAUCUUGGCAAAUUAAAUCAUUCCAAAAUGUGUUCCUGACAUUUCUAAAUCUGGUUGUGCAGCAGACUAUAAGUCAUCCUACAACAGAAACCCAAUGCUGCAAAAACUCAUUUAAGGGAGGCAGGUUGCCACAUAACCCUCAAUCCUUUAAUAUUCCAAUAAUUUCUGAUGAUUUAGGUUUUUUGCUGUGAUAUUGUUUCAGAAUGACUAUUUAGAUAUUUAGACAGUUAUAAUUUUGGUAUUGUGACAACACUAGCCCAUAGAGUCACAAGUAUAUAUACAGUAUUUAUGGAACUGCUGCUCCAUUUAAAUUGGAAUAAAACAUUUCUAAAGACACUAGACCUUUAAUCUUGUGAAAAGAGGGCUGAGGGAACAUUGAGGCUAUUGGUGUGAUUAUGAGUGUAAAAGGAA